GUGAGUUUCAGGCUCUCUCUAUUAUCGUGAAAAAUCAGUGAAUAUUGAAGGUAAGAACUCAUUUUCCGUGUGCAAGAGCGAGAGAAAGUAUCAGUUCUGCGAAUGCCAUUGAAGGAUUGGAGAGGAAGCGAUGGAGAAUUCCAAUGACUCUAUUGCCUCCGCGGCUAUCCUUUCUGGCUCGGACAGCAACAUUAAGGUGGCACGUAUGCUGCCGAGGUGCCAAAUUUGUCAGCAGACCUACAGCUUCCCCGGCAGCUCUGAGCGAUACAAUCAGCGAUUGCCAGUGUUGCUAUUGUGUAACCACACAAUUUGCGAGACAUGUCUGUGUCAGGCAAAACCGAAUCGCUUCAUGAAGUGCCCAACUUGCGAUGCAAUCAUUCCCCUAAACAAGAAGAAGACCAGCGAUCAAUUCGAGUGCAACUUCUACAUUCUGGGACUGGUGAAGCAUGUUACACAGUUUGGUGACAAUGCGAACACCAUUCACGCCCCUUCGGCGUCCAGUUCGCUCUGUGGUGAGUGCUCAAAUCCCGUGGCAGAUCGCAGAUGCCUCCAAUGCGACUCCCUGUACUGUCAUGAGUGCUUCAAGAAGAUUCACCACUUCUCCAAAGUGCUCAGAUCCCAUCAGACGCUCGAACUCGUCACCACCACUAAAGUGUUCCAGCACAUUCCGGGGCCCUGCGAUUGUGCGCCCGGGCAGCAAGUUAACUUCUACUGCGAGACCUGCAACAAGGCUAUUUGCAGUGAAUGCAAAUGCCAUUCCCACCUCCUUCACGAUAUCAAGCAUCUCUACGAGAGGAACGUUAACACGCUGAAGGAAAUCCCCGCGUACAUUGCACUGCUGAAUCAGCUUGAGCAGCUCAACGAAUUGUCCAUCAAGACAUGCGACUCGACACUGCAGACGGAAAAGGUGUACGCCCAAAAGGCUAUUGAUGACAUUUCCAACUACUUCAUCGAUAUGCACAGCUCGCUGCAGGUUGCAGAGCAGAGACUGGUGAAAAUAGUGAAGGAUCAUUACAGGGACAACCACAUGAAGAUACAGAUGUGUCAGGAGAAUCUCAAGACGAACAAGGGUCAGAUUGAGGCCUACAUGGACAAGUUGAAGCACUACUCUCGAAGUGCACCGUAUAAUCUGGAUCUGGAGAGUCUCUUGCAACAGAUCAGUGUGUUUACCAAGGAAUUGCCGUGCGACUUGACCGUUUUCCAAUCAUCUCAUAACCCCAUUACAUUCGAGAGACCAAUGGAACCGCUACGAGGCUUGAUGGAAUGCAUUCGUGUGCAGUGGAAUGAAGAGAUUUUGUUGACAUUGGGACGAUGUGAGAAUAUAUCCUCACCACCUCAUUUUCUGCCCAGUUCCAACACCUCAAUGAUGGAACAGACGAACAUGUACAGAAGUCCCAUUGUUCAUUCUCAGGGAAACUCCAAGAUUUCUCCAGUUUUGUCCCCAGUGCUUCAAGUGGACAAGAAGUUGAAGCUGAACGAAGAACUUCGUACAAAUUCACCACGUGAAUCACCACAACUGAAUCGUAUUGUGGAACAGAUGGAUAUUGAUCAGCCAAAUGAGAAGCAUCGAAAGCACUCUGGUGACCGAAAGAAGUCCAGAGAUGCAAAGUCUUCUCGAGUACAAAAGGUCAUUCCGAAGAUAAGUCUUUUGCCAAAGAUUGAAACAACGACGGGAUAUGUGAGUCAUAUCAAGAAUCCCCAGGAGAUCUACAUUCAGGACAUUAGCUUUGUCACGAAUCUCGACCAUUUCAUUGGAAUGUGCAACGAUGUGGCGAAGAAUCAGGUGAAGCCAGAGGACAUUGUUACGGAUGAGAUGUAUCUCAUGAAUGACUCGGAGGCGACAAAUCCAGCCAAGUGGUAUCGGGCUGUGGUGAAGGGACGCAGCGAGAAGAGGACAUACGACGUGCAGUUGAUUGAUUUUGGAAAUACGAAGAGUGUGGACAAGAGUAAGAUUCGCACAUGUCCGGAUGUGCUGAAGAAUCAACCACGCGGAGCUGCUCACUGUUGUCUGUACAAUUUGCAUCCGCGCCAUGGAAAGUGGACGGACGAGGUGAAUUGUCUGAUCACUGAAAUGGUGAUGUCGGAGAGUGUCAUGAAGAUGACACUGGGUAUUCAGAGUGAGAUUCACGUGGUGGAUUUGGUUGUGAUGAAGAAUCUCAAGCCAUUGUCAAUUCGUGACACGCUGCUCAGUGUCAAUCUGGCUCGUGAAAUCCCGUCAAUGGAUCCGCAGAUGACUCAGCUGAUAAACGAGCUGAGGACGAAUAUUCAACGAGGACAAAAUGCCAGACCCAAGUUCUUCGCGCCUUCGGCCACUGUGGGAAUAUACUUCUCGCCCAAAGUCAUCCAUGUGGAGUCACCGAUGGAAUUUUAUGUAAUGAAGCACACGGAUAUCCAUCUGUAUGAGCAGCAGAAGCUAGCAAUGGACCACUACUAUGAGAAUCAGACUCGAGAGCGUAUCUAUGCACCAGAGAUUGGCGCGCCAGUGGCCAUUUCCAUCAACGAUCACUGGUUCCGUGGUGAGGUGACGGAGGUGAGAGGGCCGCUUCAGGUGGAGGUGCAGCUGGUGGAUGUUGGCACGAAGCACUUGGUGAACUUAAGGAGUCUCAGGAUGCUCAUUUCUGACUUCUUGAAGAAUCUCCCCAAGGGUGUGAUUGCAUGCUCUCUUGCUCACAUCUCACUUUGUUCUCGCUAUGAAUAUCAGUGGCCAGCGGAAGCUACUGAGAAAUUCUCUGCUUUGAUUGCCAGCGACAAUAUUGAACUGUUUGUCCACAGUGAGAACUCCAAUCGAAAGGACAUGUACAAUGUGACCUUGUACAGUGUGCGCAAAGACAAGAACAUUUGCAUCAAUGCUCAACUUGUUCAGAUGGAGUAUGCUAUUUCCACGGGAUCGGAAAGUGUUCAGGUUGAGUUUGAGAAAGUCACUGAUGAUGAUAGUGAGAUUGAACCGACCUCAUCACAUGGAGACGGCAAGAACAAAUCUGUGGAAAAUGCGAAGAAAUCUCAUCGUUUAAAUGCAAGGAUCCUCAAUGUUAUCUCUCCUGAGGAAUUCUAUGUGCUCAAUUUGACGUACAUGGCGGGAUUUGAUCGGGUUCAGCAGAUCAUUGAGAAGCAGAUGACUGGAUAUGUGUGUCCAGAGAAAAUGCUGACGUGGAAGGAGGGAGAUGUGUGCUUCGUGAAGACAGAUACUGCAGCUGAUCGCAUUUGUGAGUGGCGUCGAGCAAGGGUGAAGCGUCAGGAACAUGCCAAGGGUGGUUGUGUGGUGUUCUUGCUGGAUUCGGGAAUUGAUAAGUUCGUGAAGAUGAGCGACAUGGCGCAGGUGGAGGACAAGGACGCGUGGGGAGCAUGCCCAGGAGCUAUUCGGUGUCAUUUGUCAAAUGUUGAGCCCACGGCUGGAAAGACGUUGUGGCCAUCAUCGGCAAUUGAUAAAUUCAAGAAGUACUGCACAUCGAAGAAGUACGAAGGAUAUGCCGUGACGAUGAUGGGACCGUUUGUGAAUGGAUCGGUGCCAGUGGUUCUGUGGGGGCGUGUCGAGGAGGAAGAUCCGCUGCAGCCGACAAUUGUCAGGUGGAAGAAUCUGAAUGAGUCUCUGGUGAAGCAUGGCUAUGCUCAUCUUGCGCAGAAAUUUCCCAAAACUUUUGACAAUGAAUUGAUUGAGACGGAGAUGGCGAAGCGGAGUGAGGAGUUUGAGCAAUUCAUUGAGAAUCUCAAUGCAAUGACCAGGGAGAGUGUUCAGCCGGUGGUGCAGGAAAGGGAUCCGCUGCAGAAUGAAUUGUCGGCGAAGAUAACAAAUGUGUUGGAAUGGAAGCCGGCUGAACCAUGGACGGAUACCUUGUUUGUUGGUGUUUCCACGUAUGUGGACAACAAUGGAAUUAUCCAUAUGUACAAUGUCCAGAAUCGUGCAAGACUGGACACAAUGCGUUUGAUUGCAAAUCAAGUCCUGCACGAGACAUAUCCAUCGCCUGUGGAGCAAUUCUGGUCGAAGAAUCAGCCAUGCAUGGCACAAUUCAGUUUGGAUAAUCACUAUUACAGGGGAAUUGUGAGGAAAGUGGAUAAGGAGAAGUCUCAGUGUCUCGUGCAGUUCGUUGACUAUGGGAACAUUGAGGAGUGUCCAUUUAAGAUCAUGAGAAAGACUCUUCUGUUCGGCAACAUUCCAAUACAAUCCUAUAGAUUCAGGUUUGCCAAUAUUGUUCCAAUGAAGAGUGAUGAGCCGUGGCCAGUUGAGGUCCUGGACAAGAUUCAUGCCUACACGGUGGGCAAUGACUGCACUGUGACACUGAUUGGGACUCCUGAGGAGACUGGCGUCGCUGGUAGAAUCUACGAUAUGACAAGUCUCAGGCUGGGAAGUGUUGAUAUGGUGAAGUUCUUGAUUGAGAAUGAGAUGGCUAUUCCUGCUAACCAGAAGAUUGCGGUGAAGGAGAGAAAACAAUUGGAGUGCGCUGAACCAGAGGAGAAGCGAAAGAAAGAGCAGGAGAAGGAGCCGGAGAUGAAGUUGGACUCGCUCAGCAAGUAUCAAGAGUACUUCAAACAGAAGGAGCUGAAGGAGCUUCUGGAGGAUGACAAACAUUCAUCGGCGGAGUCCGAUGAGAUUGUGAGCAGCAGUGAGUCUGAAUCAUCAGGUCCGGAGGAUGAUGAUCAGAUGGAGACAGUUUCCUUUGGCGAUUUCAAUCCCGAUUACGUUUCAACUGAGAUUCCUGAACCCGCUGUGUUCACUACUCUCGUUGUGAACAGAGAUUGCGAGGGUUUCUACGGCACCACCACGGAAGUCAUUUCAGCACUGGAUCUGUACAUCUAUCCAGAUUUAGCGGGUCAUGAGAAGAUGCACAAGGACAUGGACAAGUGCCUUCAGGAUGCGGCUCCUUGUUAUCCUGCUGUAACCAAAGUGACAGCCUUGACUGUGCCUUAUCUUGUGCGCUAUGACGAGGAUAGUCGCUGGUAUCGCGGACUUGUGCUGGACGAUGGGAAUAUCGAGGAUGAGUAUUCGGUGAAAUUUGUUGACUAUCUCAACACUGAACAUGUGAAGAUCACUGAUAUAAAACCGCUGCACGAGAAUCUCCAGGUUGUUCCUUUGAGGAAUCUUCGCGUGAAACUCGCGGAUGUUAAGGUGAAUCAGCGCUACAGGAACGAUGAUGUGGAGAAGGAACUGAGGAAGCUGUUGCACAAGAAGAGGGUGUAUGUGAAGAUCGUGAAUAGAGAUCAGCCGCUCUCUGUGCAAAUUUACGGUGACAAAGAAGCCAAAGUGGUGAUUUACGAGUCACUCAUCAACAAGAAGUUCUACUUGCGCCAGCCAAAAAUUUGAAAUUAACUACUUUUUCUACACAUUUGACUUAACAACGAAUAUCCCAAAAAUGAAUUACGAAAGGGACCAAAAAACUACUGAAAUAAGACUUAAUUACCAAUUUUCUUCAUCAUUAUUUUCUACUUAUUCUAUGAAAAAACAUUAAAGAGAAAUAAACUCA